AUGCCACUGGAAAGCAUGGUCAGAGAGGCGAUGAAAACACAAGUGGCGACAUUGCAGGAGGCAGUCCUGCACGAGCUGGAGGGUGCAGUGGAGAGGCUUAAGAAGGUGCAGAAGAGCGAAGAUGCGGAGGGCCUCCUCACCAAUUACCAGCGUGCGGUCUCUGCUGAACCCGACUCGGAAGAGGCGGCGAAGUCUGCACAAUGGUUAGGAACCGGUUCGCAGGAGCUUCGCCCCAUAUGCCGACCCGAUAAAAGGCGAUGGACAACUUCCAUGGGCGGAAUCGGUGGGGCACUGACACCCGCAUGCUUGGUAACACCACUGCUGGAGGACACAGACACGCCAGCAACUUCAACCGUGGUUAGCGCAGCAGCGAGUGAAGUCGCGAGCGACAACUCAGACUCGCCACCUAUGUCCCGCCGACCAUCCCUAAGGGAUGGUAGCGUGAAGCAACCUCGCAAAGCGAGCCGUAUCACCUUCGAGGGGCAGCUCCAUGCAUUGGACACGCCAGGUGAGGAGGACGAGGACCUUCAGAAGGAAGCCAGCAGUGAUACAUCGUCCAUUGGCAAGAAAAGCGACGCGUCUUCGAUGAACUGGCGUGCGGAUGCUUUGGAUGUUGGCGAAAAUCUGGCUGCUGAAGCUGCUGCGAAGAAGGGCCACAUGUCCGUCGAUUCCAUUGUGGCUUUAGUGCAAGAGGAACGAGAGCGAUGGGAAGAAGAAAGACAGGCACUCGAGCUCAGGGUGGAAGAGCUGAAGGAGAAGCUGCGAUCCAUGCAGGCGGUGCACAGCCCGGAUGCGGAGAAGAGGGCCCUCAAAGUCGAGCAGCAGGAGCUGCGCAAGGUCAUCAAGGCUCGCAGCAGGUUUGGUGCUUGGGUCUGCGAGAGACACAUGGUGGAGAGCGAUGACGAGGAGACCGAUGGCGAGAAGGAGGAGCUCCGGCGCCAGAUGGCUUCACGCUUUGCACAGCUUCGGGCUGCGCGGGCAGCUGCCGGCGCUGGCAGUGCACUUUCGAGUGAGUCGGAUGCAUCUCCAAUCCGAAGGUCGCCACGGCCAAACAUUCGGCGAGAGCUUUGA